AGCUAGCUAGCUGAGUAUGCAAGAAGGACAGGGCCAAGGUAGUAGCCUCAGGCAAAGGAUUGGCUCCUUGUUGCAGAAUCUUGGAGGCCGUGGGACCUCAUCAAGGAUUGAGGAAACUAGUAAACCAGAACAAGUCUCCUUUCUCACUGAAGACAUACUGAGGGAGCUAGGGCCUGAAACUCCUCUCCUUAUACGAAUUAGAGCAAUAAAAGACUUCAGCGAAAUUGUUGCCACUAAAAGACUAGAACACUAUGGGGUCCAGGCUGCCUGGCUAUUAGUAAAGGAUCUCUUAGAGGCCGAAAACCAACUGGAAGUGCGACACACUGUAUUGGGUUUUCUACAGUGUCUGGUUGCUGGACAAUGCGAGGAACUAGGUAUUUUAAGAGCUCAUUUCUUUAGAGUGAUCCAGCUCCAUAAUGUGGAGGAAGACUUUGAGUUAUGUUUUGAUGUGAUCCGUACUUUAACCGACAGCGGAAAGAACAUUGAAUAUAUUGAGCAAGAGAUAGGUCUAUUUAUGUCUGCUUCACUCUCAACUGCUGUAAGACACAACAGGUCAAUCGAGUGUUUAACUUUUUUGGUAAAUUUGAUAAAAUGUAAUUCGACUUACGUUGAAGAGGAGGACCUAGUGAAAAUGAUCAAUGAAUGCUGUCAGCUUAUAACAAGCUCAAAGAGCCUCCCUGUAAAUGAGUUAAGCCUUGAGGUAAUUAAUUCUGUGAUAUGUUACAGUUCUCUGCCUUCUUCUUCGCUAAAAGAUGUCGUGAUUACAUUAUGUAAUACACUCAAUGUCACAUCACUACGGAAGCAAAGCUUAGAGAUAAUUUUAAGAUUACUAGGAACACAUUUGGGGCACGCGGCAAUUUUUUGUCUCUGUUCCAUUUUACAAGACAGAACUAAUUGGAGUUAUCCACUAAUAUUGAGAGGUGCUGUAUUUUAUAUCAGCAUGAGUCUGUGGGGAUCAAGAAAAGUAGAAACACUCAAAGUGUCUUUUGGUUCCGUGCUACCCUCGAUGAAAGAAGCUUCAAGAUGUCCUCAUACAAUAGUUAUAUACGAAAUAGCCCUCUCUUUAUUAAGAUUAGUUCGUACUUAUUCAUCAUUAUUCCACAGUACAGAGUGGGACUGUGUUUAUUACAUGUUGGAUCAUAUUCAGGCACACUUGGUCCAGCUGGAUCACACUAGAGCAGACGGAGAGAACAAUGUACUAGUACAGGUCGUUUAUGAUAUUUUUUCAUUUGUUUCGAAUUCUCAUUCUGAUCAUCCCCACAAUCCAGCGAUGGACUCUGAUAAAUUUUAUGCUGUCGUUAAUAAAGCAGUUCCCUUACAUCAGUUAUCACUAGUUAUUAAGCUACUCAGUCACCAGGUUAAUUCCCUUGAUGUGGGCGGGGCUGAUUGGAUAGACUCGCUAAAUACUAUUAUGAACAGAUUUUAUACAACGGAAACAGUAACAGCUAUUCGACUAGAAGCACUGGAAGAAUUACAAGUUAUUACCUCAUCAUAUCUUCUAUGCUACGAGGCAGAGCUGUUAGAAGGUGUGGUAUUACCAUUGUUAUUACCAGUAGCUGAUAGCAAUGAUGAAGAUGUCUGCUGUCGUGCAGUUCAGCUAUUAGUGUCAAUUUUAUCAGACUCCACCCCUCAGUGGGCUCCGCCCAUCAUUGGUAUAAUUAAUACAGUUUUUCAGAAAGGAUUGCAACUGGUUGCCAAAAGAGGGGAGGAGCACAUGCUACCUGGUUCUAAAGCAGCUGUGUUUGGGCUAACGCCUCUUUUUAAGACCAAGCUAAAUUGUACAUCAGACGUUGCUGCACAAAUAUUCCAUUUGUUAGUGAAUUACCUCCAGCAGCAGAUAGAGGAGGAGUGUUUUGUACCUGCCACCUGCGUCAUGAGGAUAAAGAUAUUUAAUUGUUUGCUGAGUUUGAGGGCAAGCGAAGAAGGAUGGAUUGGAUAUCUCAAUGACGAGGGUCAAGAUAUGGUCUACAGUCCUUUUUAUGCGUGUGAAAAAUCUAGAUCUGCUGUGACAAGAGAGGAUGGAGAACAAGAGUUCUCCUCAUCAACUGGUAAUGAAGUAUUACUAAACUGUGGCAAGAUAUUCUCAGCCAUUCUCAGCUGCCUCGCCAAAGAGAGAGAGUGGGCGGUUCUAGUUGAGGUACUAGUGGGUCUGAAUAACGUACUUCAGGAUAGGAAACUAACAGUAUCUUCACUGCCUAACCUCAGUGUACUCUGUCGUCACGUCUGCCAUAUUGCUGAUAAUCAUUUAAAAUGGGUACAGGAAAGAUUAAAGAACGUUCCAACGAGGCACCCAGCAGAGGAAGAGCUAAUAGGAUACCUUUACCCAGUCCUGUCCUCUUUAUGUACUUACGGAUCGCAUCUUGAUAGGAUGGCACAGAAUUCUUUAAUAUGUUGUUUGGAAAAGGGUGUGGUCAGUUCCUCAUCUCUACUCUGCAUUAGAGCAUUGACUAUUGCUACACUUGAGAUGCAACCAACUAUGACAAGGUUAUUGCCUAAGGUACUUCAUAGGAUAGGUCAAGUUUCAGCCACGCCCACAAUGGCAAUACCAGUUCUUGAGUUACUAAUGAGUAUUAUUGGUUUUCCGGUUUUGUUUGGAGGCUUCGUUGAGAAACAGUACCUAGGAGUGUUUGGUAUCGCCAUACCUUAUACUGACCCUUCAAAAUAUAAUGGGUAUGUCACUGCACUAGCUCAUCACGUUGUCUCCAUGUGGUUCAUAAGGUGCCGUAUACAGUACAGACCAGCUGUAGCUAAAUUUAUUAAUAAAUCUUUAUCUUACUUAUUGUCAGUCAGUAAGGAUCCGUUAUUAUUUAAUUAUCCCAAUACCUCACCUCCUGCCAAUAUCGGCACUGACUCAACCAGUAGGAAGCGUUCCCUCAGUUUUACUCUCAUUACGUCUCACAAUUUGUCUUCAUCUUCGGUCGGUGGUGGUGGUCAGAGGGGUGGAGAAGUGGGUGUGGUCAAUUCUCAGUUGAUUGAUAUGGUUGAUGUGUGCGUUGACAUGAUGUCUCGUUAUUCGUACUCAAACAUAUCAACGCAACCUUUUAGAUCUCCUGCUGCUGAUUUUUUAGUUGGACUUGGUCCUAGUAAAACCUGGUUGCUAGGCAAUGCUCUGGUUACCAUAACGGCAAGCGGAAGUGGAGGAGGAGCGCCAGGAGUCUGUCAGAGGUGUCAGACUAUAAGACGAUCAUUAAAACCAGACCCUGACAUCCUAUUGGCCAGUAAUGAGUCAUACGACCCAGCCCCCUCUCUGUCACAUGAUCCGUCAUUAGAAGAGGCAGCACCUCCUACCACUUUAUGCUCCUGUUGGUGCAGAGGGUGGGCGGAGAUUAAGAUCCGACGUCCAACAGGAAAUGUCUCGUGGCUAAUGAGAAUACAAAAUAAAAUGGAUAUAUUGGCCACGCCUCAGCCUUCAGCUACUGAAUAUGAUUGGUCGCUUUUAGGAUUAAAUAAAGAUGUUAUAUUAGAGGAGGAAGAGGAGGAGGGAGAGGAAAGCGAGUGGGGUAUACUAACUAUUGAUAAUGAGGAAGAGGAGGAGGGAGAAGAGGUAAUAAUACAAGAACCUUUUCAUUCUACAAUCAACCAACCACAUGAUGAGUCAAGUGAUCAAUCACAUGAUCAGUGUGGUGAUCAGUCACAUGAUCAAUCAGGUGAUCAGCGUGGUGAUCAGUCACAUGAUCAAUCAGGUGAUCAGUCACAUGAUCAAUCAGGUGAUCAUCGUGGUGAUCAGUCACAUGAUCAAUCAGAUGAUCAGGGUGGUGAUCAGUCACAUGAUCAAUCAGGUGAUCACCAGUUGGUUGAUGAUGGAGGGAGUGGCAAUGAGUCACAUGAUCAAUCAAUAAUAACUAUAUCUAACGUUGAUGAUGAUGAUGAUGCUAACACUCGAUCACGUAAUUGCCAGGCACAUGGUACCAACACUGAUACUAAUGCUGAAUCACAAGAUCAGUCUCAUGAUGUUAAAACUGAAUCAGGGAUCACACUGCGUCAGCCCUCCUCUUACUCCUGGAGUGAGAGUGGUGCGACCGAAACUCCAUUAGUUUCUGGUAGUAGAUCUUACAGUUUGAGUGUUCCAAUGGAGUCUCUACCUCCUCUAUUCUCUUAUGAUGAAGGACAUUUAUUGGGACUCUCUCCUUCACUUGUUAGCAAUCCACUCUCUGAUCCUGAACAGCUUGAAUUGAUUGCAGCUUCUUCUCUUAGCCAACCAUCCCAUGAAGAUGUAUAUACCUGUAGUUCUGGUAGCAGCACUAGUAACAGCAGCAGCAUUGAGAGCAACAGUCGAGAAGAGAGAGGAGGAGAAGAAGAAGAUCCAGAGGCUCCUUUGUUAAUGUCAAGUAACAUCAAAGAGGAGACUCAUCAUAAUGAAGACGUUUUUAAAAAUGCGGACAUUCAAACAGAAGAGGCUGUCCUCUCAACCCACUCCUCCCCUUCCAAAGGUUUACCCUCCUCGAGCCCAAAGGACAAUGACCACACCCCUCUUUCCUCAGUCCCACGGACACACAGACGAGUCAUGUUCUCUCAAACUCCUCCCACGUCAGGGAGGACGAGAGAAGACAUGUCUGCUGACGUAUUCAAUAAUCCUUCCUUUAUAUUCUUACAACUCUAUCACUCCUCAUCUUUGGGACUCUCCCAACCUGCCCCGCCCAAAGACACACCUCUUUUGCUUCCUGCUACCGAAAGCAUAGAGAGAGCCCUCAAGGUUCUUGAUCACAUUCCACCUUAUAAUACUCAUAAGAUAGGUGUGGUUUAUGUCGGGAAAGAACAGACAACAGAGCAAGAGAUAUUGUGCAAUACUUCUGGGUCCCUCCGCUAUUUGAUGUUCCUAAGGGGUCUGGGACGCAUGAUCAAUCUUAAAGAAUGCCCCCCUAGUUUGAUUUAUCUAGGGGGUCUGGACACUAGUGGGAUUGAUGGGGAGUAUGCUUGUUUUUGGGAGGAUGACAUUACUCAAGUUAUAUUUCAUGUUGCUACAUUGCUCCCUACCCUCCCAAGCAAUGCUAGUUGCAGUAAUAAGAAGCUACAUAUCGGCAAUGACUUUGUCACCAUCAUUUAUAAUGAGUCAAAAAACUCGCUGGAAUUUGGUUUAAUUAAGGGUCAGUUUAAUUAUGCUGAAGUUAUUAUACAGCCAUUGCCUUGCUCUAUGAAUAAGGUUUAUCUAUUAGUUAAGAACGGGCUGGAGAGCUUUGUUGAUUGCUCGCCCUCUUUGGUCUCAGAUAAAUGGCUACCAGUUUUAGUGAGACAGAAAGCAUUACUGGCCAACUUAGCAUCCCUAGUCUUACUAAGUGAAUCAACUACUGACCACUACCCAUCAAACUGGUUAGGCAGACUCCAUCAAAUAAAGCACAUUAGGGAAAGAACAGAGGCAGCUGCAACAGCCACACUACAAAACAAUGCUACUGCAUCUGCUCCAGGUAGCAAAGGAUCUUCACCAACCGUCAGUGGAUAUAACAAUAUACCUGAUUUUACACUCUAUUGCUCUUAAUCGAAAUUAACAAUAAUCUUCACUAGUAAUGUUCAUUAUAGUAAAUGUGUGUAAUGUUUUUUAAUAUGUAACUACAUCAUGUCUUGUUGUGCGAACAUUGGUAGAUGGUUGUAA